CAUUCCUAGGGGGGUGGUGGACAUGUCGCACGGGCACAGUCAUGGCGGUGGUUGUUCCUGUGAAUCGGAGCCUUCGGAUGGCCCAGAGAGGGGUCUGGAGUAUGGGUUGUUCCGGAAAAUUGAUCUUGACAAGCUGCAGUGUCUGAACGAGAGUCGGGAGGGCAGUGGGAGAAGUGUAUUCCGGGCCUGGGAAGAGAGGAACGACAGGACUCGGUUUGUAGAAAGUGAUGACGAUGAAGAAUUAUUGUUUAACAUCCCUUUUACAGGCAACGUGAAGCUGAAAGGGAUUGUUCUCAUUGGAGAAGACAGUGACACACACCCUGCAGAAUUAAGGCUAUUUAAGAAUGUUCCUCACAUGAGCUUUGAUGACACUGGAAGAGAAGCUGAUCAAACCUUCAGUCUGAACAUUGACGUCAAUGGAAAUUUAGAGUACCCCACAAAAAUAGCUCGCUUUUCAAAUGUCUCCCAUCUAUCUAUUCAUAUCUCUAAGAAUUUUGGUGCUGAGAACACAAAAAUCUACUACAUUGGCCUAAGGGGAGAAUGGACAGAGGCACAUCGUCAUGAAGUGACCAUCUGCAAUUAUGAAGCUGCAGCAAACCCAGCUGAUCAUAAAGUGUCACAGAUCACACCCCAGACCAAUUUUAUCUCUUAAAUGAUUUAUUUUGUGUGGACUAUUAUUGUGAAUGGAGAUUUCAAUAAACAGUUUAGCCAA